UUGUUAUUGACUUUCGCCCUAACCUCAAAUCUCAAAUUCAUCCUAUCAGUGUCCAGUGACGAAGAAAAUGUUUAUUUUUCCCAAUUUUCCAAUCAACUUUCAUAUUUUUUCAUCAAAUUCUGCCGUAUUGAUCUCUUCCUGUACAAGCUAAAAGCAAGAUAAUUUUGAAUUAUUGUAUUUACUACUGAGUAUGGUUUACUUUUGUCCUUUUUGUGGCAACAUCCUGUUUGUAGAAGAAAACGUGUCUGGACAGAUGCAGUUCACAUGCAAUGUCUGUCCUAUUUAUUUCCCAGUGAAAAAGACCAAGUCUCAUAGGAACUAUUAUAAAUUGAAGGAAAUCGACGAUGUAUUAGGAGGUGAAGAAGCCUGGAAAAACGUGGACUCAACUGAAGAAAGAUGCCCCAAAUGUAGUCAUGAUAAAGCUUACUUUUUACAAUUACAAACAAGAUCAGCAGACGAGCCUAUGACAACUUUUUAUCGGUGCUGCAACAACGAAUGCAAACACAACUGGAGAGACUAAUAAGUGUCAAAUGUCUGUGACUGUAAACAUUACUAAAUAUUUAAGACAAUUACGCGGUCGUCCUAUGGCAGACCAUAUCUCUAUAAACAAAUCGGAUGCAGUUAAACAUGCCAUUGAUUUGUUAAAAUUUGGCAAAAUUAUUGCUGUACCCACAGACACUAUUUACGGGCUUGCCUGUGAUGCAACAAGUGCAAAAGCCAUCAAUAAACUUUUUAAUAUUAAAUGUCGAGACAAAAACAAACCAGUUGCUAUUUGCCUUAGUGAAAUAUCGGAGGUACAAUUGUGGGCAAAUACUAAUAAUAUUCCACAGGGCCUGUUAAAUAAUCUCCUUCCUGGGCCAGUUACGUUAAUUUUUAAUAGCGUUAAUAAAUUAGACAGUUCUCUUUGUUCAAAUGGAAAAAUUGGAAUAAGAAUACCAGAUUACAAUUUUAUUAGAGAUGUAGCUAGAGGAUUGACAAAACCUCUGGCAUUAACUAGUGCAAACUUGAGUGGUGAAACAAGUGCAUUGAACCCUUUAGAAUUUAAGGAAAUUUGGGAUAAAGUAUCAGCUAUUUUUGACGGAGGUACUACAAACACAAAUAGGAGUGGAUCUACAAUAAUUGACUUGUCUGAACCUGGGAUGUAUUACAUUUUAAGAGAUGGUGUUAGUUAUUUAGAAACGGUUGAUAUUCUGAAGAGGUUUGGAUUGAAAGAAAAACUGAAUAAACUAUAUUGAAAUUAGUA